UGAAAACGAAAGUCUUGGCGGCAACUCGUUGGCGAGUACGGCGACUCAGCUGGCUCCCAUCGCUGCUCAGACGCAUCAAGCGCAGCGGCCCGGCCUUCAAACAACUUUCUGAGCCCCCAAUCAAGCUCAACGGCCGUUGUGAAUCGGAGCAGGAUGAUUAUCUCAGCAGUAUCACGGAAGGCCCGAAAGGCCGAGUGUCAGGAGAGGCGCAGCAAGUUGAAGUCCUCGACACGGACACAGGCCGACAACAACGAGGAGAUCGAUGACAAAGAGGCAAUAGUUAGCGAAGAGGAUGACCCGAGCUUUCCAAGACGGCAGACGGAGCCGCAGAGGAGAGCCUCGGAGGGUUCCCUGCCUGGCUCGGCAAUACCGCAAGUCAGCAGGAGCCAGGGGCCGUCCCUAAGGAACAAUCUGGACAAAGAGUCGGCGUGGAAGGCUGACAAGAGGCACGAUGAUGACUCCGGCCCCUUCGUGGGUAUGCCAGCUUUGCCUGGAGCCACAGUCGACAAGGUUUCUAUGGUGCCGGCCCUCCCUCCGCUGCCCAAUGCUGGCAACAGGAGGAGACAGUCCACUUGCAUUUCUUCUAUGAGCAAGCUGCAGGGGCGGCGCAUAUCCGUCGAGCUAUCUCGCGAACACCGAGAGAUGCAUGCCCGCAAAGAGCAGCACAGUGCUCGCGAAGCUGUCUCGCCGGCGGCCCGCCCACUCUCGAAGCGAAACAAAACCGUCGACGUCUUGGAGCUCGGCUCUUCUCCGCGAGACGUCCUUCUCGAGAGGACGUCUCCGGCGAUAUCGAGCCUCCACCCAUUCCCAGCAUCGAAGUCCAUCGCGACUGCGUCAGGACUGAAGAAGAGUACUUCAGGACCCCAGCAGAAGACAAGGAGCCUCCCGGACCGAGACGGAAACGCUGGUCCGCCAGUGGCCGUGCGAGCGUUGUCGGCAUAUCUCAAUCCGAGGCGGUUGUGAUCCCCAUUCGGGCGGCAGCCAGGUCGAGGCGUUCCGGCUCUGUGGCGGCGAGCAUCCGGGGUGUGUUUGGCGGCAAUAUGCCCGCUGCAGGCCAUGCAGAC